CUUCUAAGUACUUCACAGGUACUAAUACAUUUAAUCCUCAUAGUACCUAUUAGAUGAAUACCAUUGUGACCUCUAUUCCGUGAAUAGGGGGACAGGCAUAAGGAGGAUAAGGACUUGCCCGCGGCCUCAUACCGAGGGAACAGUAGAGCCAGGAUUCACACCCUGGAAGCCUACUCCAGGGCUCUCAUUCUUAACCUUACGCACCCUCGCACCCUUGGUGUUUCAACCAAGAUGCACAUCCAAACCUCGCCUAGCUCUUCUAAAGAUACAGAUGCCUAGAUUGACUGAAUCAGAAUAUCCAGAAAAAUGACGUUUGAUACUGUUUUGCAAAAGCUUCGGGAUCAUUCUGUUGCCCUUUGCUCCCAGUUGAGUGCGGCCGGCACCCAGUUAGGUUACGGCAGUGGUGCAGGCCAGAGGUGAGGGCCCGAACUACAGCCGUCUCUGGGAAAGAAGAGGAGGAAACAGGUUCAGAGGGUAGGAGGCAGAAUCAGUUAAAUGAGCUGUAAGCAAUGGGAAGAAUCAGCAUUAAACCCAGGGAUCACAAAGUUUAAUCUUAACUAGGGUGAUCCAGCCUAGACAGGAUUCCAGGAAGAGGGAGGGGUGGGAGUAAGACCAAUGCGUGAACUCCGUUUUAAACGCUUGGGUGUGAGUGCCUGUAGGUCUUCCAACUAACGAUGUCUUACAAGAGAAAAGUUGCUUUUGGGGGGGCCUGUGUGCCAGCCACUAUACGUGGCUUUCUUCGCUGUUAACUCACCGGAUCCUCCCCUCAAAUCUCUGAGAGUUUCCAUUUUACAGAAGAAAUGAAUAAUGGGUAUGAUUCCGUUCAGAAUGAACUUUGAUAAGACCUUCUCUCUCUAUUUCAGUCCUGUCGAUGUGUCUCUUCUGAGAAUAUACAUUCUAGUAUAUAUGUAAAUGUGUUUGUACAGGACACACCUUGGUCAGUACCACGGUUUUUAGCGGGUAAUUCUGAGUGUCCUUGCUGCAAGCCACGUAGCUUUUAGGUUCACAAGUCUCGUGAAGUAGAAAUGCAGUGUUUUUCUGUGGGGUGUGAACCCUGCCCAGGAAAAGAGGUGGGGAACUUACGUGUUCAACAUACGUCAUCCGGUCCAACUCGAUUUGUUUAUGGGUUAUGCAGAUUCAGGGAGAGGGGACUUAAUAGCUUGAGGAAGUGUUAUAUGUGCAAGAUUAUGAUUAAACUCAGAACUGCUAUCGCUGUGCAUAAUUCUGUGCUUACACUGUUUGUCUCUACUUCUCUACCCCAGGUCCCUUGGGAGAAACUCCUCGAGGUGCCCAGGCUGAGACUGGGGGGUAAUGGCAGUGUGAGCUCUAGAUGGUGUGAGACCAGCCCAGAGCCAGAAAAUGGCUACAGCCUUGGAACCAGAGGACCAGGAUCUUUGGGAAGAAGAGGGGAUUCUACUGGUGAAAUUGGAAGAUGAUUUCACCUGUAGGCCAGAAUCUGUCUUGCAGAGGGACGACCCCGUGCUUGAGACCUCACACCAGAACUUCCGGCGCUUCCGCUACCAGGAGGCAGCAAGCCCUCGGGAAGCUCUCAUUCGACUCCGAGAACUUUGCCGUCAGUGGCUGAGGCCAGAGAGGCGCACAAAGGAGCAGAUCCUAGAGCUGCUCGUGCUGGAACAGUUCCUUACCGUGCUGCCCGGAGAGCUGCAGAGCUGGGUGCGGGGCCAGCGGCCAGAGAGUGGCGAGGAGGCGGUGACACUGGUGGAGGGUUUGCAAAACCAACCCAGGACACCAAGGCGGUGGGUGACUGCCCAUGUUCAUGGCCAGGAAGUCCUGUCAGAGGAGCCAGUGCACCCAGGAGCAGAGCCUGAGUCACCUAGUGAGCUGCAGGAUCCUGCGCAGACCCUGACCCCAGAGGAGCCCCAUGCGGAGAUCACACUGAGCCCAGAUCCGGGGGAGCCAGCAGAGCAGAGCCUGUGCCAUGAACUGGAGCUGCAGCCCUUGCACGAGAGCGAGGUUCCAGUGCCCCAGGACCCAGACCUUCCUGAGGAGAGGAACACUGGAAACUCAGAGAUGGUCGCCCUUCUUACUGCUCUGUCACAGGGAUUGGUAGCGUUCAAGGAUGUGGCUGUAUGCUUCUCCCAGGAGCAGUGGAAUGAUCUGGAUCCAACACAGAAAGAGUUCUAUGGAGAAUAUGUCUUGGAAGAAGACUGUGGAAUUGUGGUCUCCUUGUCAUUUCCAAUCCCCAGAUUAGAUGAGAUCACCCACAUUAUAGAAGAAGACCCUUUGGUUCCAGAUAUUACAGAGUCUCAAGAGCCAGACAUCCUGAGUUUUACCUACACAGGAGAUAGGAGUGAAGAUGAGGAAGAGUUUCUUGAGCAAGAAGAUCUGAAUUUGGAGACUCUACACACAUCUGUUUUAGGAGAUCCAGAAAUCCACCAGACUCCAGAUUGGAAAAUAGUCUUUGAGGAUGACCCAGGUAGACUUGAUGAAAGAUUUGAUACAAAUAUUUCUCAAAUUAAUAGUUCAAUAAAUCUUCAGGAAACCAUACCUAUCCACUCCCUGUUAGGGAAACCUCAUGGCUGUCCUAUAUGUGGAAAAAAUUUCACGUGUAACUCCCACCUUGUUAGACACCUGAGAACUCACACAGGAGAAAAACCCUAUAAAUGUAUGGAGUGUGGCAAAAGUUACACGCGGAGCUCACAUCUCGCCAGGCAUCAAAAGGUUCACGUACUCGGCACUUCUUACAAAUUCCCCCUAAACCAGAAGAAUUUGAAUGAGACCUCCCCUCUGGUCCCAGCUGAGAAAACACCUGUUGAGAAGCCCUAUCGAUGUGAUGAGUGUGGAAAGCACUUCCGCUGGACUUCAGAUCUUGUCAGGCAUCAUAGGACACAUACCGGAGAAAAACCGUUCUUUUGUACUAUUUGUGGCAAAAACUUCAGCCAGAAAUCCGUGCUAACAACACACCAAAGAAUCCAGCAUGGAGACAAGCCCUACAUGUGUGGAGAGUGUGGAGAGUACUUCAGCGACCACAGGCAGUACCUGACACACCGGAAGGCACAUGAUACUGAGCAGCUCUAUCUCUGUGGCCAGUGUGGGCGGAGCUUCAGCCACAGGGACACCUCCCAGCUGGGACCCCAUGAUAGGAGGUCUGCAUUCAGCCCUGACCCCGGGGUAGGCGAGAAGCCCUCUGGUCAUCCUGGGGAAACCUUUUCCAGGGAGUCUCCCUGA